AUAAUAGGAGCGGUUACAUACAGAACUCUCAGCUCGACAUGUGAAUUUUUAUUUAUAAAAUGUCAUUUUUCAGGGUUCUCUUUAAUCUAAAAUGAGAUUUCUGACAGGGCAGGUUAUUUCAAACUGUUCGCGGUGCGUUGGGUGUUUGUUCAGUCGAGCUGUUGGUAUACAAGGACCAGCACUUCGAAACAGUACCCGAAAAUGUUUUUCUCUUCUAAGCCCUCGUAAAACCUUCGUUGGGAGAAAUACAAGUUUUUAUCGAGUUGAGAUCACAAAAGCGUGGCUCUCGCAAAAUGCUGUUACAAAUGUAAAAGCACGUAUUCCGGAUGAGCUCUGGGCUCUGUUGAUCAUCGGUGGUGGAGGUGUUGCAGUAUUUACAUUUGUUCUUUAUAAGAAGAAACAAGUUGCUGACAUGAAAUCGACUUUAAAGAUAAAGCUAGCAGAAGCAAAGCAACUACUGGACAGUGAGGAGAAAGAUGAGGCAUAUGUACUACUAAAAGACAUUCUGAAUAUGAUUCAUCUUGAUAUAGCUGAAAAAAGGAAGAAGAAUCAACCCCCGACACACAAAGCCUUGAGAUUUGUGUUAGAUAAGUCAGCAAAUCUUGCUAGUGAACUUGAGAAGUGGGAAGAGGCAGAGCAUUUGUACCGGUUGACAAUACAGGAGUACCUCUCCUCUGGCAUGGACACUGAUGAUGAUGCUGUAAUUGAAGUUUCCUUGAAGAUGUCUCAGGCCUGUGAGCAACAAAACAAGUUGGAGCUUGCUCUGGAAGGUUAUAAGUGGUGUGCCGGGAAAGCAGAAGAAAAAGUCACUGGUGCAGAUGAAGCAUCUGACAACAGUAAAGCGUUACUUGGGGUGUGUCUGGAUGGGCUUGGCACAUUUCUACUAACCCAUGGACAUGCCGAACAGGCAACAGAGGUAUUCGAACACGCCCUGGAAAUAGCAGAGGAAGUGCUGGGACCAUCAGAUGACCAGACCCUCGUAGUUAUGAAUAACCUUGCGAAAGCGUACGCAGAGUGUGGGAAAUACGAACUAGCUGAGGGUGUAGCGAGGAAGACCAUCGCGUUAGCCGAGAAAACUGAACACUCGUUCCUUGCCGUGUUCAUGUCAAACUACGGCAACAUCUUGAUGGAAAGAGGCAAAAUUAAGAAGGCCAAGCGAGCUCUAAUCAAGGCACUUAAGUUAGCGGAAGAAGCCAAAGACGAAGAAGCGCGUAGCAUGAUCCAAACAAACAUGAUGAAGCUUGACAUCAGUUUCUAGAAUACACUACUCGCCCGGUUCUUCAUACUGUGACUUUUGCAUUUAAAGUAAUCUUGCUUGGCUUGACGCUAUGAUGGCUGCAAUGCGGAACACGCAUUUAAAGAGCCAUGAUCAGUCACACCUUUGUUAUUGUUUUUAUUCCAUGUUGGAAGGUGGAAUCUUCCGAUAACCGUCAAAAUAACAAAGUUCUGACAUCGUUUAUUAAAUUCAAUAGAAAAUAUCACGCCAAUCGCUUUCCCAAAUCGUCAAUGGAACUGAAUGCUUUCUCCCAAGUGGUAUUUUACUAGGAUAACAAAACGGUGCUUGAAAGAGACUCUUUAACUUGCUUAUGAAAAAAAGGUGGAGACCACGAGUUUCUAUCGCGAUAUAGAAUUAUAACAAUCAUAUUUAAGUAACUAUCAGAUAUCAGUGUUUCUCUGCCUGGCGGGGAAUGUCACCCAUUACAGGAAUGUAAGACGUGUCAACGACAUUUGUCGUUAUUAUGAACGAUAGUCAUAUUAUUUUUGCGUAAUACCAGUAUACUAUUUCCUAUUUAAAGGCGCUCUUUUUGUACCUCCUGGUUUAUCAUACAUGAACCUAUGGCUGCAUGUCGUAA